CGUAACUCGUAAGCUUCAAGAGCCUUCCUCUCCGGUUCUCUUUCUCCUGAGACCCCCAACAACAAAAUGAAUCUGGAUUCGUCUCGCUCCGCCGGCUCUUCCGCCCAGAAAUCCAAGCGAAGCUUCAAUUCUUCCUCUUCCAAUCGUUCCAACACCACUAACAGCAAGAAGCAGAAGAACACCACGAACCAGAAAACCCUAGGCGCCGCUUGGGGCUCGAAUUCCCUCUCUUCCUCUCGCUCCUCCUUUCGCAAUUCCCCCUUCUCCGAGUUUGGAAGUUAUAUGGCGGAAAAGAAUAAGAAACUUCAUAAUCAGUUCAAUGCGCAAGCUUCAAAUUCUUCUAGUGGUGGCUCCAAUUCUGAGUUCGCAAUAUUUCGUGGAGUUUCUAUAUUCGUUGAUGGUUUCACUGUUCCCUCCAGUCAGGAACUGCGGGGUUACAUGUUGAAGUACGGUGGAAGAUAUGAGAAUUACUUUUCAAGGCAUCGCGUGACACACAUUAUUUGCAGUAAUCUUCCCAAUAGUAAACUAAAAAACCUAAGGUCUUUUAGUGGAGGGCUACCAAUUGUUAAACCCAGCUGGGUUUUAGAUUCGGUUGCUGCUAACAAACUAUUAAGUUGGGUUCCUUACCAACUUGAGCAGCUUGCUGACAACCAACCAAGGCUGUCGGCCUUCUUUGCUCUGAAAACCCUCUCUAUUUCAGGUGAUGCUUUUCUUGUUAAGCAUGAGGAUGAGUGUACAUCUUCUAAGGGGGGUCAAGAAGAGGAUGACAAUUCAUCUGAAGUGGGUAAAUCAACGGAAUACAAACACCAAAGUUGUGGAGGAUCUGAUGGCAACACGCGUGAAGAAGUUCAUUCUCUAAUUGAGCAGUCAUCUAGAGCAAGUGGAUGUUCUUUUGACGUGAAAAUAGAAGACAAGGAAGAUGAGAGUAUUGUGAAGGAUGAUGAUCAAACUAGUCCCUGUGCACGCUCUGCUUCGGUUGGUGGUUCCUGCUUAGACAAUCAAGACACAAAGAGCUUACCAAGUCCAGUAGCUGUUGGGUCUUCUGAAAGUCAUUCAACUCUCAAGGAUCCAAAUUUUGUGGAAAAUUAUUUCAAGAACUCAAGGCUGCACUUUAUCGGAACAUGGAGAAAUCGGUAUCGUAAGCGUUUUCCCAACCAGUCUAAUGGGCUUAAGCAUGUCAAUCCCAACCCUAAUUCUUCUGCUGAGAAAAUGACAAUUAUUCAUGUUGACAUGGACUGCUUUUUUGUCUCAGUGGUCAUUAGGAGGCAUCCUGAAUUAAAGGACAAGCCUGUAGCUGUAUGCCAUUCAGACAGUCCAAAAGGAACUGCUGAAAUUUCAUCCGCCAAUUAUCCUGCUCGAGAUUACGGAGUCAGGGCUGGCUUGUUUGUUAGAGACGCCAAGGCUCUUUGUCCACACAUAGUCAUUGUUCCAUACAAUUUCGAAGCAUAUGAGGAGGUUGCCGAUCAGUUCUAUAACAUCUUGCACAAGCAUUGUAAGACAGUACAGGCAGUGAGCUGUGACGAAGCAUUCUUAGAUGUCACAAACUUGGAAGGAGAAGAUCCUGAACACUUAGCUUCAACAAUAAGAAAAGAGAUUUUUGAGACUACAGGAUGUACUGCAAGUGCUGGCAUCGCUGGGAAUAUGCUCUUAGCUCGUCUUGCCACUAGAAAUGCCAAACCUGAGGGUCAGUUUCACAUUUCUCCAGAGAAGGUAGACGACUACUUGCAUCAACUACCAAUCAAGGCACUUCCAGGAAUAGGACGUGUUCUUGAAGAGAAGUUGAAGCAGAAGAAUGUCCAGACCUGUGGACAGCUGCGCAUUAUCUCCAAGAAGGACUCUCUUGAAAAAGACUAUGGAGCAAAAACUGGGGAGAUGCUGUGGAAUUAUAGCAGGGGCAUAGAUAAUCGGCUUGUUGGGAUGAUUCAGGAAAGCAAGUCCAUAGGAGCUGAAGUGAAUUGGGGUGUGAGAUUUAAAGAUCCAAAAGAUAGCCAGAGCUUCCUUUCAAGCCUUUGCAAGGAGGUUUCAUUACGAUUGCAAGGAUGUGGAGUGCAGGGGCGCACUUUUACCCUUAAGAUAAAAAAGAGGCGAAAGGAUGCAGAGGAGCCUGCAAAGUAUAUGGGUUGUGGGGACUGUGAAAAUUUGAGCCAUUCUCUUACGGUUCCAGUUGCUACUGAUGCCGUCGAAGUGCUUCAGAGAAUAACGAAGCAGCUGUUUGGGGUUUUCAACAUAGAUGUCAAGGAGAUUAGGGGUAUUGGCUUGCAAGUGUCCAAGCUUGAGAAUGCAGAUCCUCUUAAGCAAGGAUCUGGCAAGAACUCUUUGAAAUCAUGGUUGAAAUCUACCUCAGCAAGUUCAGAAGAACAACGUAAUCGUACUGUUCCAAAGAAGGCAAUUGUAGAUUGUGGGAGUCUGAGAAAUGAUAGCAUUCCUGGUCGGUCAUGUGAAGAGAUACCUGUUAUUACAAACUCGGUUGGCAAUAAUCCAUCUAGUGAUGAACCUAGCUUGAACUCGAACUCAGCACCACCGCCUUUAUCUCAUCUUGAUUUUGGAGUUAUAGGAAGUCUUCCUCCAGAAAUUUUUUCUGAGCUAAACAAAAUAUAUGGGGGGAAGUUGGUUGAUUUUGUUGCUAAAAGUAAAAGUAAAGGCAAAAUGAAGGAGGGCGAGGGGCUUCUCUUUGAGAAUCUGGUCCAUCCAGACAAAAUAACAAAAGAAGACAAGGUAAAGCAGCAUGACGAUGUACAAGUAAUGCCUUCUGAUGAAGGAUAUCAUAACCUGGCGAUUCCUGCAGUCGGACUUGAGAAACCUGAUUUAAUGCCUUCAUCUUUAAGUCAAGUAGACACGUCAGUGCUGCAACAACUGCCUCAAGAACUAAGAGUUAACAUAAUUGAGCAGCUUUCCGCACACAGGAAACCAGGGUUCUCAGCAAAUUCUUCCUUGGGCCCUUCUUCCAAACAUACUCAAGAUUCAUUAGAAAACAUAAAUUCCGAGAAUCGUCUUGAAUCAACUGACUCUGCUUCAAACUACAAACUCUGGGUUGGAAAUCCUCCAAAGUGGGUUGAUGAGUUCAGCAAGAGCAACUGUGUAAUAUUGAAUGUUCUUGCCAAGAUGUAUUACAAAUCUGGGUCUCCUGGAAAUUUAUCUUCAAUUCUACGAUAUACUAUCUUGGAAUCUCAGCAUCUACUGGAUGUAGGUUAUGAAAGUUGGAAUGAAGCUUUAGACAGGUUUUCUGAGGUUCUCAAGCAGUAUGUCAAGUUAAAGAUCGAAUUGGAUCUUGAAGAACUAUAUAUUUGUUUCCAACUGCUACGUAGGUUCAUGUCGAAGUCAAAUUUUCUCUUACAUGUUUAUGACAAUGUAUUUCCCUAUCUUCAGGCAUCUGUGAAUGAAAGCUAUGGAGGGAACUUGCACUUACCCUUUGGUUAGUGCUCUGUAGGCGACGCAUCAUCCAAAGUGGGUAUGGUAGGGUCAUCUUUUUAACUCAAGGAGUGCUAAGGACACUCUAGAAUAGUGGGGUGUCCAUUAUCAGCUAUUUCAUAAGAUGAGUCUCACCAUGUGAACUGGGGCCACGCACAACACUGCUUGAAGGCAGAAUAUGGACCGCAAGUGGUAAGAAGACAUAUUUGAGAAGCUUCAAUGUUGCCCCAUCCACUAUUCAUGUUUAUGGGGAAGGAAGUAGACAGCCAUAUUUUUGAAGAGUAUUGUCUGCUCUCCUGAUAGUUUGGAUAACAAAUGGCGUAAACACCAAAUUCCUGAGGCAAUGUAGCUGUUUAUCAGAGUUUAUUUGCUGUUGGCCUGUUCCAAUACACCAAUAUCCACGGCGGAGUUUUCAGUAGCGCAGUGAAAGUAAAUGUUGAAGAAUCUUUGCGAGGUCUAGUCGGGACUUUAUGGUGGUGUAUGUGCUUGAGGCUUUUCAAAUUCAAAUCGAAAGUUCAAUCCAAGAUGCCGUAUGCCUUAUAUAAUAAAUCUGUGAAUAACUAAGCAGUAUAAUUGUACAUAUGUCCUCCUCAACAGCUUGCCUACCUUUCAAUAUGAAGUGGUUUGUAGCCGUUUUUGUUCAUUUUGUUGAAUAUUGGAAGAUGGAGCUAGAUAUGGGAUCUUACUUUUGCAUUUUUCAUGUUUUGUUGAGGACAUCAACUACCCAUCUAAUCUAUUAAAUUGAUGAAUAGGAUUUCACAAUGAAGAUGCCAAAUACAUAUAUGUAUAUCUUAUCCGAUUCUGGUUGUAUAAUUUUUAUUGUUCUUCGAA